AACAGAACAGACAUUUCUUGCUUGCAGGCAGCGAAGUAGACACAGAGAUCGGAGGAGAGAGCAUACUCUGCCCCUCCCUUUAAACGAUUGCGCUAUCCAUCGAUCAUGGUUGUCGCUGCUCGAGCUCACGCGUUCAGCUCUUUCUUCCCUUUGAUCUUCUGCUUGUGAAUCUGCUACCUGGUUAUAUGUUGCUUUACAGCUCCAAUCUACUCCACUACCUCUAGAUUCAUGGCUGUAAAUUCAAGUGAGAACGAGCAGUUAUUGGUCCGGAUACAACAACUCGAACACGAGCGUGAUGAGUUACGCAAAGAUAUUGAACAACUUUGCAUGCAGCAAGCCGGGCCUAGCUAUCUUCUUGUGGCCACUAAAAUGCACUUUCAAAGGACAGCUGCCUUGGAGCAGGAGAUUGAGAAUUUAAAUAAGAAGCUGGCAGCAAGCACAAGAGAGAAUCUAGAUUUACAGGAGGAACUGUCUGAGGCAUAUAGAAUUAAGAGUCAACUGGCAGAUUUACAUAGUGCAGAAGCAACAAAGAACCUCGAAGCUGAAAAGCAGCUUAAGUUUUUUCAAGGUUGUGUGGCUGCUGCUUUUGCCGAGCGAGAUCAUUCCAUAAUGGAGGCUGAGAAAGCUAAAGAGAAAGAGGAGCUUAUGUUUCAGAAAUUGAAUGAAGUUGAGAAGAAAAUGGAGAGGCUUAAUUCAGAUUGUCUCGAACAGAAGAGACUUAUUGAUAAAUUGCAAGCAGACCUAGCAAAGCAGCAGGAUGAGAAUGAAGCUUUCAAGAAGGUUGUUGAUAUGUUCUAUGGGAUUAGAUGGGAAUCAUUUCAGGAUUAUCAGGCCACAAGUUGGGAUCAGAAAUGUACAUGUCUUCUGGAAGAUCCACCAGAAGUAUGGAGUUAUAAUGAUCCAUCCACAUCUAAGUACAUUAGUGCCUUAGAAGAGGAACUGCAUUCGGUGAGAAAUUCCAUGGAUAAUCUUCAAAAUAAGCUACGAGUGGGUCUUGAAAUUGAAAAUCAUCUAAAAAAGAGAGUUCGCGAACUGGAAAAGAACAAGAUAGCCUCCGAUAAAAUUAUCAGAAACAGCUUAGCAGGGUUGAGACAUCACCAUUCUUUACAGAGGGUGCAGAUAAUGAACAUACUUGAAGAGGAAAAGUCUCAUAUUAAAUCUAUGAUCAGUGUGAUCGAAGAGAAAAUUAGGCAGGUCAAUGGGUGCAGGGAAAUGGAUGUUGAAUGUUCUCCUAGUAUUGUGAAGCUUGAUGAAAAUUAUUGUACUGAUAGAGGAACUAUUGAUGUUGGUAUCGCCAUGGCACCUGAGAAGAUUGAUACAUAUCUAGCAGAGUCAAAAGGCGAUCCAUCUGAAGCCCUUGCACAAGCACUGCAAGAAAAGGUGGCGGCCCUAUUGCUUUUAUCUCAGCAGGAAGAGAGGCAUUUACUGGAGAAAAAUGUAAAUGCAGCUCUUCAGAAGAAAGUUGAAGAGCUCCAGAGGAACUUACUACAAGUGACCACCGAGAAGGUCAGAGCUCUCAUGGAACUGGCACAACUAAAACAGGACUAUCAUUUGCUAAAAGAGAAGUCGGGUCCAGGGAUGAAAAUAAGAAGAGAUUUGACUGCUUCUGGGGAUAACAGACAUGCCACUCACGAACAAGAAGGAAAGUUAAGAAACAUUUUGAAGAAGACAUAUCUCAGUCGCUGGAUAAAUAAAGGGGAUUUUGGGAGAAAUUCUUCUGAUGCCUGCCUUUCUGAUGAAGGAAACACUAGGCAAUCCAACCAGAGCAUGGAGUUUGCCAGAAUGAAAAUUGAAAAUGCAACCCUUAAAGAGAGCUUGGAAAGUAUGGAGCACUUAACAUCUACAAUUCACAGGCUUCGGGCCUCUCUGUCACAGGUGAAGGAAUCGGCCAUGCUAGGAGGCAGAGUCACUGGCGUCUUCCAAGUGUUGGAAGAAAUAACUUCUGAAGCAAUGCUUGUGAGAACUGCGCUCAGCAGCUGCUUGCCAGUUAGUUGGUCUGCUGGGGCAGACACGGAGUCUCCGGGUGGAGGUGUUGAUGAUGAAUCUUCAGAAGUUCAUAGCGAUUCUAGCAAUGAAAAGUUAGAUUCUGUUUCUGCCGCGGGAUUUGAAAUGGUGGAGCUGCUAAUACUUGCAGCUGAGGUAUUGAAGGAAUAUACAGUCAACAGCAAAUCCGAACACUGUAAGACUGAAAGAACGGUCCCAUUUGCUCCAGAAUCCUAUGAAGAUAUUCCCUCGUGAGGUUGAAAGAUGAGGAGCGCUUGCCCAAGUGAGGGUCAAUGAAAGCCCCUUGUGCUGCUGUAAGAAAGUAUGAUACUGGUGAAAGUUCCAAUUCUUGUUUGUGUAAUGACCAGAAAAUACUGGAUAUGAAAGCUAAUUGUUAUUUUCUGUAGGUGUAUAUAUGGCCAAGUUCACUUCCAUAUUAUGUACAUUGAUCUGUAAAUGUUUCCUUUUGGUUGCAAAGGGAUGUACUCUUUCGUUGCACCGAACAUUCUUUCCUGCUUCAUUGAUAUCGACUAAAAUUGUCUUCCUA